AAAUGACAUACGCGUCUCUCUAUCUCCCCGACUAAUCUUCUCUAUAUAUCUAAACAUAUACCAAUACAACGGAUCUUGCAAAAUAUUCCUCAAUAUUUCAUCAAGGAAAUUACAAUCCAUUGUGUUUUGUGUGUUUCCAUUCAGAUGGGUUCGUCGCUGUCGUUCUUGUUUUCGCGUGGAAACUCAGUAGUAGACCCGUCGCCGGAGCCAGGCCUCGGGGACUUGCCGGAGAGUUGCGUUGCGUCAAUUAUUGGGUACCUUGACCCACCAGAGAUCUGUAGGCUUGCAAUGUUGAAUCAGGCUUUCAGGGGGGCUUCUUCUGCGGAUUUUGUGUGGGAAUCUAAGUUGCCUUUGAAUUAUGGCUCUAUUGUGGAAAGGGUGUUUGAGAAUGAUGGUGAGAAAUUUGAGGGUUUUUGCAAGGAUUUGUGUAAAAAGGAUGUUUAUUCCAGGCUGUGCAGAUCCAAUUCUUUUGACGGUGGCUCUAAGAAAGUCUGGUUGGAUAAGAGUAAAGGAAAGAUUUGUAUGUCAAUAUCAUCAAAUGGAUUGGCAAUAACGGGGAUUGAUGACCGGAGAUACUGGAGUCGAAUUCCAACUGAAGAAUCGAGGUUUCACUCAGUUGUAUAUGUCCAGCAAGUCUGGUGGUUUGAAGUGAAUGGGGAGGUCGAGUUCCCAUUUCCAGCAGGUUCUUAUAGCCUCUUCUUUAGACUGCAUUUGGGACAAGCAUAUAAAAGGUUUGGUCGCCGGGUUUGUAAUACCGAGAAGGUUCAUGGUUGGGAUAAAAAGCCUGUUCGGUUCCAGCUUUCAACUUCAGAUGGUCAGCAAGCAACAAUGCAGUAUUACUUGAAGGAAGUGGGAAAAUGGAUUCACUAUCAUGCUGGGGAUUUUGUUGUUACUGAUUCUUGCCAAUCAACAUUAGUCAAAUUUUCGAUGACACAAAUUGAUUGCACACACACUAAAGGUGGUCUCUGUGUAGAUUCUGUUGUUGUGUAUCCUAGUGAAUUUAAAGAGAGGUUAGAGUGUUUUUAAAAACUUAACCUCCAGUGGAAAGCAGGCAGUCAGAGGUAAGUAAUGUAGGGUAGGUACAUUGGUUACUUUUGUAGCUUUUUAGAGUCUACAAAAGGCAGUUCUUAUCAAUGAAUUUUCAACUCAAACUAUUUAUUAAUGUCAUGGACAUCGCAGAAUUUUGGAAAAUAUUUGUUGUUUUGGGUUGGCUGACGAGAUUUUGACCCAAUUAGAUCUCGUUACAUCUUCAAUCCUAAUGAACCCUUCCUCAGACAGGAUAAGCAGAUGGCUACUUCUUUC